AUGGUUCGAUUGGUCCCUCCAUUUCUGAGGAAUAUAAUUGGUUCCGCAGACGAGCCUACCAAUUUAACCUUCCAGAAACAGCUCGACAACGAGUACACAUCGGCGCCCUCAAUCGAUGCGUCGGACAGCAUAAAGGAGGAGCAGCUGGAAUCACUAGAGGUGACAAGCAAUAUCGCAACGAUUGCCUCCAUAGACUGGGGGCCUCCGAAGUUAAACCCGAACGUUUUGGACGAGUUAGGGAACUCGGGAAGGUACCUGUUUGACAUGCUGCGAGGGAACAAGUUGACAUUCGAAAACCCGGAACUGCUGAAGAGGAACAUAAAAAAUGUGCCUAAGGUAUACGAAUCGGAUUUUAAUGUUUACCUGGAGCAGAUGACUAAAAUUGAGUCUACGGACCUUAAUGUCUCGGGAGAUGCGCUUUCGGAAUCUGACGCCUGCUUGAGUGUGUUGGACAACGACAAGGUGUCCAGGGAGUACUUUGAGGACGACUACAACUUAAACGAUAACGCAAUCUUCAACAGCGACUUGGAAGUCAUACCGAACUCGAUAGAUUUUCUGGAAUCGCAGCUGAUGGUGAUAAACAGUCAGCUCAGGGAGCUGGUGGGAACGCACCUGAAGCACGUCGGCGAGUCGUUCGUGUGCAUAGAGGACCUUAAGGACUCGUACCUGAGCGUGAAUGACCAGCUGACGAACGUGAGGAGCGUGUUCGACAACCUGAAGGGGAUAUACCACUCGCCAGUAGACUACCAUUCUUUUAAAAUCAGCAGGUCGAGUUCAAGGUAUGGCAGGAGCAGGUUCGCGAGAGAUGGUAGUACUGAUUUAGCGGCCAACAUCAGCGAAGCGACCACGAAUACCACGACGAGCGCUAGCGCUAGCGGUGACCCCUUAGAGCCGCAGUUAAACUCGUUGCACAGCAGCAGUAACCUGGAGAGAGGGAGUGUUGACAGCAACGGAUCCCUUGGAAAAAGACUCUUUGAAGUAAAGUACAAUGAGGCCUACACGCUCCACGAAGUGCUGCUCCUAAAGAGGAAGGUGAUUGACGUCAUGGAAAACCUUACGGUGUUGAGAGGAGUGGUGUGCACGCCGGAGUACGUUCAGGGGCUGGUGUCAAACGACAUGGCGCUGGCUAGAAUUUUCGCCUUCUGCGCCUACGAGUAUUUUAGAACGGACUUGGCGAAAUUCACGUUAACAAACUCGGUUAACCUGGUGCUGAAGGACACAAUCGUUAACCUGGAGAGAGUGGCAGAGGCUAAGUUCGUCGACCUGUGUUACUUCACCUUUACCAAGUGUUACGCAAUUGGUGCAACGAGGAGUGCGAGAUUUGAAGCGGAGUUGAAGGGGACACUGGAAAAGAUGGAACCGGUCUUGAUAGUAUUGAUCAUUUCGGGAAUUUUGGAUGAAAUGUUUGACACGCUUAAGUCGACUAAGAUGUCGCCAGUUGAGUUUAAAAAUGCGAUUCGAGUGGAGCAAUUGCCUGAAAACUUGGAAGAACUUGUCACAGGGCUCGAAUGCUCAAACCUGUUCGUGUUGCACCUGCUGGAGUUGGUAAAAACGGUACGCCGACAAAACGAGAGUGGAAAGUACCUCCCGGAUUCGGAAAGGGCCCGAAAGAUACUGGAGAGGCUCAUUUUUAAGAUCCAGGAAAGCUUUCCGGACGGGAUAAACAGAGACUACCAGAAGAUAGACGAGACGACGCAGUUUCUGAAGAGCGAGUUGGACUUGCCGACCUCAUUUAAGUUUCAGGAGUACAGCCACUACUGGCACUACUACCGGCCUGAUAGCAGCCUAUACGACUUGAGUGCAGCCAAUAGCAGCAAUGGCUCGCCCUUGGACCCAGGAGGGCGCGGAGACAUCAGCAAGUUCUACGAGAAGUUGUCUUGGACAGUGGAAAACUUGUUCGUUAAGUCGAUGGAAAACCUGUUUAACAAUUUGCACCUUAAUGAGCUGUCGAACACGGAUGUAAACGACCUGUUUAAUGAAAUGGAAACCACGUUGGCGACAAUAAAGGGCGUGGAGGACGAGUAUAGAAGGUCCGUUAAGAGGGCCUCAGUGUGUUUGCAGGUGACGAGUCGGCUGGUUCAAUCGCUGCUAUCGACGGGCACUUGCCCUUAUAGUGGAAAGGACGCGAAGGGAAUACACACGGGUGCAAGCGUGAGCAGCAAGCUGAUGAAGAUUUUCUACAACUUCGUUAACGCGCAGGUGAGGAGGCAGGUGGGGCAGCUGUUUGAGCAGAGUCUGGUCGAGGUCCACGGGAACCUGAACAAGGAGCAGUGGGAGGAGUUUGAAAAGAUUAAGCUGGAAAGCAGAGCGUAUAACCUCAUACGCUCCGCAGUGAAGCUGAGCGAGCACCUUGACAUUUACUUUAGCAUCUCGGAGAAGUUCCCCUUCCUCUCAGCAGCCACAGUCUCGAAGUCGAUAAACCUGUUUGCCUACUUCAACACGCUGAUCGAGAACGAGCUCGAGAGGAACCUGAGCGUGAAAAAGCUGUGUCUGAUCCUGGAGACUCUGGACUACUUCACGGUACUGAUACCGCUCAAGAUAAGGUUUAUAUCGAUCCAUGAGGGCUCCGGUGGCCUGGACGUGGGAAGUUUGGAGGACUACGACAAGCUCCUGGUGCUCGGAAUUAAUGCGGAAAACUGCGUGAUGGAAAGCAAGCUGCUGAGAAACAAGGCCGCAGGCCUCCUGGCAAACUUCGUAUUCUCGCAGAUUAAAAUGUACCUGAUCAACUGGGUGUUCAAGUACACGGACAUCCAGGAGGGGGACGCAGCCUCGCAGGAAGGCACGGAGGAAGUGGACAUGGUGAUCAAGACCAUCGAGGACUUGCACGCAGAGUGCGCGCAGUUCUGCACUGUCGUGGACCUCAAGGCCACUUUCGGCGACUCAUUCGAGAAGCUGGUCGACCUGCUCAGGAAGCAGAAGGUGGAGUUGUCAGGCUGCAACAAGUUCUCAGACGACUGCACGAGGAUCAUAACAAACUUGGCGCACCUGACUGACAUAAAGCUGGAGAUACUGUCACUGGCGCACGGGUUGUCGAGUUGA